ACUGUUACUGCUGAAUGAGAGGUUGUCCAUGGGUACGCCUGUCAAACGUUGUAACUUAACUUCUCACAACUUAAUGUCUCAAUUAUGUAGACGCUGGUGUUGAUUAAUUAAAAAAUAUAUAAACGUCUCUUUUUUUAGGGUGCGCUGAUGACCGAUUUGGACAUGCGCAGCUCGUUGUUGUUGAUCCGUUUGUUGGUUCAGUAAAAGGGGGAGAGGUCAGUGUGGUUAGCUGCUUGACUUCUCCGUAGUAAAAACUAAGUUCUUAAUUCUAAUGAAACUGACUUCCGUGUCUGUUUAUUAAUCGCUUCAACACCGCCAUGAGUACCAAUGACUCCCCGACGAUUGGGGAUUUUUUCCUCGUUCUCAGUGAGAUGGGCUUUACCGAAGAGCAGAUUCAGGCAGCAGUUCAGACAGGACAUUUGUCUGUGCCAGAGGCAGCUGAGUGGCUCCUUCAGGGUCAAUCACCAAGACACAGGUUAACGCAGCAACCAUCACGACCUGCUGAGACCGCAUUCUCUGCAUUUAACCCCCCCAAACAAGUGUCAGGCACCAAUGCAUCUCCAAGUGACAGUACAUAUCCUUCAUUGGUGUUGAAAUCAUCACAAUCUUGCAACUUCUCUUCGGAACCAUUGCAAGUUGAGUCCCGCAUAAAACAGGACAAAAGUGACUUUGAAGAACAACAGAGGCAACGUGUUGCACAGGAGGCCAGAGAGCAACGAAAGCAAAAGAAGCAGGAACGUGAAUUAGUCUUGAAAAGAAUAGCUGAGGAUCGAAAGACAUUACAGGUGAAGAAUCAGACUGCCCCUGUGUCAGAGGCACCCCUGAGUACUAAUGAAGGUCAGAAGCUGGGUGGAAAAAUUCAGACCAGUGUGGAAAACUGCAUUCUUAUGAUUCGGCUGCCCUCUGGCGAGUCAAUGCGUGAACGGUUCCCUGCAGACGCUUCUUUACGCAGCGUUGUUGAACAUAUCAGCGGGCGCCACCCCUCCCUCACCUCCUUCUCACUUCUUCAGGGAUUCCCGCGGAAACGCUUUGGGGAGGCAGAGCUUGCUUGCUCCUUGCAUUCUCUAGGCCUCACUCCUAGUGCUGCACUUUGUAUUCAGACCACUCCACCGGAAACACCUCAGGAGCCCCCCAGCUCAGUCAAUCCACCAGCUGCAGAGCAGCAAAUCUUCGCAUUUGCUGAGCCCUCACCACCCCAAAUCCCUGAUCAGGACAGGCUCCCUGAUCAGGACAGGCACCCAGAUCCUGCUGUGCCCCCUCUAUUGCCAAACCAGCUUUGGGAAGAAGCCGUGAACUAUGCAGGGAUACCUGACAUGGGCCAUUUACUUUCUGGUCCUUCACACAGUUGGGGACGAGGCCAGAGGUUGGUUCCUGGAGAUGCUGAAGAAGCUGCAGAAGUAGAGGCUGUGGUCCAAGAAGGAGAAAGAGAGCCAUAUGACAUGCUGAAUGGAUGGCCAAGGUUGCCUUUCUUCCAAGAAAACAGGGUUCAUGGAGGAUUUGAGCCUAGACAUCAAUGGCCAGACCAAGGCAACCGUCUUAGGGAGGAGCCCCUGGAGCAGGCUGUGGAUGGCCCAGUGGCACCUGUAGCAGCUGGUCAGGCUGCAGUGGAGCGACUCCAGCGUGCAGCUCAACAGAACGACGCACAUGUCUGUCAGGGGCAGCCAUCACCCCCUAAACGGGCGUUUAAAACUCCCAGUGUGCAGUCGCUGUGUGCCUUGGCCGCCCGAGCGGCUGUUAGCGUUAUGACUGCUCCCAGUAUGCAGUACAGCAGCAGUCUGGCAGGGCUCACCCCAGAUUUGGCAGAACUUCUGCUCGAGCACAUGUCUCGUGAGCGCCUCUUGCGCCCACGUACUCUGGAGCUAUUUUUUGGUUGUCCAUUGCGGCGGUUUGUACUCAACUGCUACCCUUAUUCGACCAAUGAGCUUCUGCGACAGCUACGAGCUUUCACAGCUUUGAAACAUCUCAGUCUGAUCAACUCUCCACUCAUCACUGAUUCUGGAUUAUCAAUUCUGCCUAGCUUGGUCAAACUGCAAUAUCUCAACCUAGCCUCAUGUAGCAAACUGACUGAUGCUUGUCUGCAGCAUAUCACAGGUUUAAAGAGUUUGUAUUUCCUGUCUUUGGACCAGACCAAAGUAACAGAUAGUGGAAUGGUGCUUUACCUUCAGUCGGCCCCCUCCUGUCUGUCUCAGCUCAGCCUCAAUCAGACCACUGUUACUGAGGUCACUCUGGAAGCAUUGACUUCAUUUGUGCCUCAGCUGCGAGUCUUGAGCAUCAAACAGACGAAGGUUAGUCAAGUGACUGCUUUGUCACAAAUGUGUAAUCUUCAGACACUCAGUCUGGAUGGCACUGGUGUGACAGAGACAUCGCUGGAACACCUUAGGAACCAUCCCUCUCUCUCUUCCCUCAGUUUGACAGGGAUCCAUGCAGUGGAUGGGAAUCAUACUUUACAAAUCAUCUCAGGCCUAAAGCUGACUCAUCUAACUCUUCCCGGGCGGCACUGUGUGACUGAUAGUGGGAUGUCGGCUCUGUCCAGGCUGACUCUGCUCUGUGAGCUUGACCUGACGGACUACACUCAUGUCACAGACCAAGGAGUCCGCCAUCUCUGCACUUUGACCAGGUUGAGAAAAUUGUCGCUUAGCAAUACUCAGGUGUCAGAUGCAGGUCUUCCCUUUCUGCAAGGCCUUCAGGAGCUGCAGGAUUUGUGUUUGGACCGAACAACAGUCACCAGCCAAGGAGUAGCAGACCUUAUAGUGCAUUUACCACUCCUUCAGGUGCUGGGUUUAGCUAGCACACAUGUUGGAGACAGUGUGGUGAGAAAGGGUCUCAUUCGCUGUAAUCAGCUGGUAAAGAUCAAUUUGAGUCGCACAAGAAUCACAGACCAAGGGCUGAAAGUUCUGAAACGCAUGAAUCUGGCUCAGGUGAAUCUGGAUGGGACCGGUGUGACACUCUCUGGCAUUGCAAAUCUCCUCUCUCUCACCAACAUAAACUGUAUUCGAGCAAGCAACACUCGUGUCAUUCCACCAGAUGAGGUCUCUGACGAGGAGUUUGAAACGAACUAAAGAUGCCUUGCCUUCAUAUAAUAUUUGAAGCUCAGAGCAGUCCUUGCACUCAUUUUAGUCGGUUUGUACCAUCAUGCACACCACCAGGUGUAAGGUGGAGUGGAGUUGGAGUCUUGCACUGUUUUAUAUAAUUACUCAGUUUACAUAGAUUGUAAUGCUUCCUGGUGAACUUGCCUACAUAAAUUCAUUUUGUAAAUGUGUCAGAUUUAAGUUUAAUGCUUUGUUUUAUAUCCUGACGUUAGUUUGCCAUUUCAAUUUUAGUAAUGAACUCUAAUCCUUUUAAUCAGCUUUGAAUCUUGAAGGAAAAAUCAUGUUUGAGUGGUGUAAUCCCGGCAGAUUGUUAGUACAUGUAAAAGAUAUUUGCAAUAAGACUGUAAAAACUUGUUUAAAACUGUUUCAAUUUUGUAGUUGUUUCAGCUGUUUUAGAGCUGCUCAGAUGCUGUUGAAGUAUUUGGUCUCCCCCUGCUCAGUUUUGCACUACAGAUUUACAUUUAGUUUGGUCCUUUUCACUCAGUCUAACUUUAUGCUCAAACUAUGCAGUUGAUGUCAUAAUCCAAAGGAACUGUACUUGUUGCCAAUCAAAAUAAAACUAAAAUUAGACUGGUAGUUCUUUUGAAUUAAACUGUGACCCCAUAUUACGCAAAAUGAGACAAUUUCAGACAAAUCUUUUAUUGC